UUUCUUUUGCUCUUUUUUUAAAGACUGUGAUUUUGCAUUUAAUAAUAUUCUCAUCCUUUGUUUUUGCCUUCAUCUUCUUUCUCUUACGUUCUUUCUGUUCCAUAUCCCUCUAGCUAUCAUCCAACUAUGAACACGACCCGGAUUCUAAACCCGACCACCCGACCCCUUUGGCCCGGUUUCUCUUCUUCCAAAUCUUUAUGCGGCGAUGCCAACUGCAUGGAGCAGCUUCUCCUCCACUGCGCAAACGCCAUCGAAUCGAACGACGUCACGUUGGCUCAACAGAUCAUUUGGGUCCUUAACAACCUCGCCUCACCAGAAGGAGACUCUACUCAGAGACUCGUUUCCUCCUUCCUUCGCGCGUUGAUUUCACGCGCCGCUUCUAAAAGCCCCGCCUUCGCUUGUCUUUCAGUCGCUGCUCCUGCUCCUUCUGUCUCCCGGAAAACGCUUCACCGCUUCUCCGUCAUCGAGCUAGCCGAGUUCGUAGACCUAACGCCGUGGCACCGUUUCGGAUUCAUAGCCGCGAACGCCGCAAUCCUCGACGCUGUCAAAGGUUACUCGUCCGUUCACAUCGUUGACUUAAGUUUGACUCACUGCAUGCAAGUCCCUACUCUUAUAGAUGCCAUGGCAAACAAACUCCACAAACAACUCCCUCCGCUUCUCAAACUCACCGUCAUCGUUUCCGACGACGAAUCUUAUCCGCCUCCAUUGCUCGGAGUCUCCUACGAAGAGCUCGGUUCGAAGCUAGUAAACUUCGCGACCACACGUAACAUAGCAAUGGAGUUUAGAAUCAUCUCUUCUUCUUACUCCGACGGUCUCUCCUCCCUUGUCGAGCAACUACGAAACGACCCUUUCGUCUUUAACGAAGCUCUCGUUGUCAACUGCCACAUGAUGCUUCAUUACAUCCCCGACCAAACCUUAACUUCGAUUUCGAAUCCUCCCCGAACAGUUUUCUUGAAAGAGCUUCGAGACCUAAACCCAACGAUAGUAACCCUAAUCGACGAAGACGCGGAUUUCACCUCAACUAGUCUCAUCUCCAGGUUACGGUCUCUCUACAACUACAUGUGGAUUCCUUACGACACCGCCGACGUGUUUCUGACAUGUGGCAGCGAGCAAAGACAGUGGUACGAGGCGGAUGUAAGUUGGAAGAUAGAUAACGUGAUAGCCAAGGAAGGUGCUGAGAGAGUGGAGAGAUUGGAGCUGAAGAGCCGGUGGUUCGAGCGGAUGAGGGAAGCUAAGUUUGCUGGAGUUGGGCUCGGCGAGGCAGUGGCUACUGAAGCCAAAACGAUGCUGGAGGAACACGCUACUGGUUGGGGAAUGAAGAGAGAUGUUGACGAAGAUGAUGACGUGGAACGUUUAGUGCUUACGUGGAAGGGACAUAGUGUUGUGUUUGCCUCGGCUUGGGCACCAAUUAAUAGGGUUACUGAUCUCAUAUAAUAGAGCUUAAAUUUGGAUAAUGGUGCUUUAUCUUAUCUAAAUUAAGGGUCAGUGCAGUUGAAUGGAAUUACCGAAUUACUGAUCUUAGCAUUAUAUUAAAAGUGUAUGGGAAAUCUAACCCGACCCGACCCGUUGUGUCUG